UCAAAUCGAAAAAGGCCCGUGAUCCAAGAUGCUCGUAUCCGUUGUAGCAGUCUUCUCCGCAUUCCUGGCGCUCGUACUACUUGCAUCGCUCGUACUAUUCCAAAUAGUACGAGUGUGCGUUUGGCGUCGUCGUCGUUUUUGCUCAACGAGCAACGACGACGACGAAGUCGAACGAGGGCGGGAGUUACGUCAAGACGGCAUCGCAAGGCGCCACCAUGUGGCCGAGGCGUUGCGGAAUCCGAAUUACUAUCUGUUCCGGCGCGGCGCGGCGCCGUUCAGCUGGGCGGAGAGAGGGUCGCCGCGGAUCGCGUUCGCGGCGGCGGUGCAGUCGUCGCCGUCGGUGAAAUCGCUGCUCGCCUCGUGUGAGGAAAUCCGAUUGAAUCUGUCGGCGGUGGAGAUGAUUAGGGCGGGGCUGCCGCUGCCGCUGCCGAGGCCGAAUUUGGGGAAUUCGUCGUUCCCGCAGGAGGCGUAUUUCGAGGUGACGGUGGUGGCGUGCGGCGGCGGGGGGAGUGAGGGGAGGAGGGAGAGGAGAGCGAGAUCGGAGGGGGAUGAUCGGCUUCAAUUCCACCAGCGCUCUCUUUCUAGAUGACGAAGACGAAGACUAUGAUUGCAAAGAAGAAGAAGAAAAAUAGUUUGAAUUCGAUUUUGCUACUACUGAAAUUGGGAGGCACAAAUUCUCCGUACGUCUAAUUGUAAUCUCACACAAAACUCAUAUAUUAGCUUUAAGAAUUUGUUGAAUAAAAUGUACUGUGUGAUGUAGUUGGGUUGGGAUAUGGAGAUGUAAUGGAGGGUGAUGAAUUGAAUUGUUGAGUCAUUUCGUAUGUAAAAAUGAUAGACAAACAAUUGUUGAAUAUUGAUAAUGAGUUUGAACA